CUGUUCGGACAUCUAGGGGAAGUUCAUUCCACCACCUUGGUGCCAGAACAGAGAAGAGUCUCGAUGCAUGCCUUCCUUGUACCCUGAGAGAUGGUGGGACCAGUUGAGCAGUGCUAGAGGAUCAGAGGGAGCGUGGUGGCGCUCGAGGUGUGAUAAGCUUUGAGAUAAGUGGGUGCUGGUCCGUUUUUGGCUUUGUAGGCAAGCAUCAGUGUUUUAAAUCUGAUGCGGGCAGCUACAGGAAGCCAGUGGAGGGAGCGCAGCAAUGGGGUGGUGUGGGAAAAUUUAGGAAGGUUGAAAACCAAUCAUGCAGCUGCAUUCUGGAUCAGGUGCAGAGGACGAAUGGUGCUCAGAGCCAGACCUGCCAGGAAUCUGGCACUGCUGGCUGCUGAGCCAUAUCCAGCGUGUUUCACUAGAAGUUUUUCAGACUUCACCUGCUUCUGGGAGGCACCUGCGGGAAAAUCCUAUGACUUCCUUUAUAAAAUAGAUGAUGGUUCAGAGAGCAGAUGUAACACAAGUCAGCAGGAGACUGCAGAAGGAAAAAUCCUCCAUUUCUGCUUCUUCCCACCCAGUGAUAUCUUUAUAUUCGCCUACACACACGUCAAAGUGGUGGAUAAAGACACCAAUACAUCUGUCUACACCCGCACCCUUAGUGUAGAGGACAACCGCCUGUUUUAUCCUCCGUCAAAUGUAUCUCUUCACUCUACUGGAAAGGCAGGGCAAAUUCAUGUUAAGUGGCCAGCACUAUCAGAAAUGAAAGAUCAGGUGCAGUAUGAGCUACGUUACUCCUCUAAGGAAUUACAGGAUACAGUUGUACUGAAGAAAGGCUCCAGAUGUGAGCAUACGUUGCUCUCCCUGGUCCCAGGACAGCCAUGCACAGUGCAGAUCAGGGUUAAGGCCAGUUUUGCUGAUACUGGAGGCCACUGGAGUGACUGGUCAACUCCAGUUACAGUCAUGGUGCCUCAGACAGCAGCUGACAUUGAGUUAAAGUGUCACACUUCUGAUCUGCACCAAGUCCAGUGUCAAUGGAACGAGGAGCGAUAUGGGUAUGCGAACCUACAUUACCGACAAACCGACAGGAAUAUUUGGGGGAACUGGAAGACCUGUAACAAGAGUAAUUCUUCUGCAAGUCAGUGUGUGCUCUAUGGGGAGGAAUACACCAUGUUCCAGGUUUACCUUACAACUACAUUCGGGCUCCUUAACCGAACCUUUUACAUGGACGUGUUCAGGAUGAACAAUAGCAUCAAAACAGAGCCUCCAGGAGGACUUAAGGGAGAGAUCAUUGGAGAAAGGCUUUGUCUGAAAUGGAUCUCUCCUCUUCCACAAAUAUCUGAGCAUUUAAUGUAUCAGGUUCGCUACCAGCUACAAGGAGAGAACAAGUGGAAGCUUUUUAUGGUGCAAAAUCCUAGUACCAGCACCUGUCUGGAUGUGCAAGCAAGUGGCCAGUACACCAUCCAAAUAAAAGCUAUGCCCAAUGGAUUACUGUACAGCGGGGUCUGGAGUGCUUGGUCUAAACCUCUCACAGAACAACUGUCUUCAAACACAGGGUUGCUGUUUAUUGCAUGUGUACCCUUUGGCUUGCUCAUCAUUUCUGUUGUAUUGUUCUCCUUCUUCACCAGAUAUACUAGUAAGCUCAAGCAGGUUCUGUGGCCACCAGUCCCAAACCUGAAUGAUAUGCUGGAAAAUUUCCUGAAAGAUAUCAAUGGACAACACUGGGAGCCCAACAUCAGCAUCAAGCAGUGUGAUGACGACACCCCUGCUUCUGUGGUGGAGAUCAUGUCUGAAAAGGAGGCUCAAGUCAUAAAGAAACCUUCCUGGCCAUCUAACUGCCCAUAUUUCCCACAAUACCGGUCGGCUGUGGAUAGCAAUGAGGAGCAUGCAGUGCAUGGCCUAGAGAUGACCCGAGAGUAUGUAAUCUUAAAGUCUAGCCCUGUCAAUGACAUCUCAAGCCUGACUGGGAAUGAUUAUGUGUAUGGACUGAAUGCCUCAUCGGAUCAGCUUGAGGAAAGUGUCUGCUGUUAUUCUUCUCUCUGUUCGGACACUUUUUCAGCCUCCACCACCAACAUCGUCAACCAUUCCUAUUUGCAGGCUGAGUUUGGGAGCCUCCACACCAUAACUGGCCAUUAUACCAAUCUGGAAAAUGUAACAACGUCUAAGGAAGAGUGAAAAGAAGGAGUAGAUUCAUCUUCGAGUAGGCAUAGUGCAGUAAAAGCAGGGCAAAACCUUUUGGAGUUUAACCUACAUGCAGUAGGUAAACCCUGUCAGGUUUGAAAGCAUUGAAGUAAAAUAGAAAACAAGGUCAGAACUCUGAGAUCAAGUGUAAAUAUGCUUAGAUUGCAUCUCUAAGAGUAGUGUAAAUAUGCUUUUUGCUUCCGAACUGAAGGAUAGAGGUUGUACCGUAUGAAAAAUAUCUGAAGACAUUAUUCUCAAAGUGAAAGUCAGGCCAAUUAGAGGAAGAAAAAAAAAAAAACACCACGGCGCGUUUCAACAAAACCAAAUUAAAGAAAUUUCAAAAUUACUCAA